GUAAAUGAAUACACCCAUGCUCUUGCAGUAGCUAGCAGACUGCAGUCAGUGGAAUCAGGCUUUGUACACGUUAUAGCGCCGAGGAGCGGACAAAUUACUUUUCUUACUCUCUUUCGCCGUUACUGAGGACUUCAUAAAGUCUCACUGUGUUAUAUAACGUUAUUACAGCGGUGACUUUUCGUAUUUUCCCUUUCUUUUUGGCUGUGGAGAACGUGUUAAAAAUACAGCUAGUUUUCACAAUGGCGACAGCAGCAGUAUCUGCCAGUGCUGGCAGCGGCCCCAACCCCGGAUCUGGCGCUGAGUUAGUCCGAGGACAGGCCUUCGAUGUCGGCCCUCGCUACCACAAUCUCUCCUAUAUUGGCGAGGGCGCCUAUGGAAUGGUGUGCUCUGCAUAUUGCCGUGACAACAAGGUCCGUGUUGCGAUUAAGAAGAUCAGUCCGUUUGAACACCAGACAUACUGCCAGAGGACUCUGAGAGAGAUUAAGAUCCUGCUGCGUUUCAAACACGAGAACAUCAUCAGCAUCAACGACAUCAUCCGCAUGCCCUCCAUCCACCAGAUGAGGGACGUCUACAUCGUGCAGGACCUGAUGGAGACAGAUCUGUAUAAGCUGCUGAAGACUCAGCACCUGAGCAACGAUCACAUCUGUUACUUCCUGUACCAGAUCCUGAGAGGCCUGAAGUACAUCCACUCAGCUAACGUCCUGCACCGUGAUCUCAAACCCUCCAACCUGCUGCUCAAUACCACCUGUGAUCUAAAGAUCUGUGACUUUGGUCUUGCACGUGUGGCUGACCCGGACCAUGACCACACGGGCUUCCUGACAGAGUACGUUGCGACUCGUUGGUACCGUGCGCCUGAGAUCAUGCUCAACUCAAAGGGUUACACCAAGUCGAUUGAUAUCUGGUCUGUGGGCUGCAUCCUGGCUGAAAUGCUCUCCAAUAGACCCAUCUUCCCCGGGAAGCACUACCUGGACCAGCUCAACCACAUACUGGGUAUCCUAGGGUCUCCUUCCCAGGAGGAUCUGAACUGCAUCAUUAACAUCAAGGCCAGGAACUACCUGCUGUCUCUCCCACUGCGCUGCAAGGUCCCCUGGAACCGCCUCUUCCCCAACGCCGACCCCAAAGCUCUGGACCUGCUGGACAAGAUGUUGACCUUCAACCCCCACAAGAGGAUCGAGGUAGAGGAGGCUCUGGCUCACCCUUACCUGGAGCAGUACUACGAUCCUACAGAUGAGCCUGUAGCCGAGGCUCCUUUCAAGUUUGACAUGGAACUGGAUGAUCUCCCCAAAGAGACCCUGAAGGAGCUGAUCUUUGAAGAGACGGCUCGCUUCAACACAGUCUGCAGGUCCUAACCUAUAGAACCAGAUCAGACUCUGGUCUCUCCUCGUUGUGUGCUCUGGUUCCUCCUGUCUUCAGCCUGUAUACUCCCCCCCCCCCCCCCGCCUUCCUCAGUCAGACCACCAUGCUCAGGAACGGGUUUCAGGAAUCGAUCUGUCCUUUCUCCCUCUAUCCCUCCCCUCUCUCCCUACGGGGUGAGGAGGGUCACAUGUUGGCUUAUUGUCUAUCCCCCCACCCACUCCUCACUGCCUGCGGGGGACUAUUGGAAAGCACUAUGUAGGGAAUAGGGCUCUGGGCUAUAGUAGUGCACUAUAUAGGGAAUAGGGCCCUGGUCUAUAGUAGUGCACUAUAUAGGGAAUAGGGCUCUGGUCUAUAGUAGUACACUAUAUAGGGAAUAGUGCCCUGGUCUAUAGUAGUGCACUAUAUAGGGAAUAGGGCUCUGGGCUAUAGUAGUGCACUAUAUAGGGAAUAGGGCUCUGGGCUAUAGUAGUGCACUAUAUAGGGAAUAGCGAUCUGGUCUAAAGUAGUGUACUAUAUAGGGAAUAGGGCCCUGGUCUAUAGUAGUACACUAUAUAGGGAAUAGGGCUCUGGUCUAUAGUAGUGCACUAUAUAGGGAAUAGGGCCCUGGUCUAUAGUAGUACACUAUAUAGGGAAUAGGGCCCUGGUCUGUAGUAGUACACUAUAUAGGGAAUAGGGCCCUGGUCUAUAGUAGUACACUAUAUAGGGAAUAGGGCCCUGGUCUAUAGUAGUGCACUAUAUAGGGAAUAGGGCCCUGGUCUAUAGUAGUACACUAUAUAGGGAAUAGGGCCCUGGUCUGUAGUAGUACACUAUAUAGGGAAUAGGGCUCUGGUCUAUAGUAGUGUACUAUAUAGGGAAUAGGGCCCUGGUCUAUAGUAGUACACUAUAUAGGGAAUAGGGCCCUGGUCUAUAGUAGUACACUAUAUAGGGAAUAGGGCCCUGGUCUAAAGUAGUGCACUAUAUAGGGAAUAGGGCCCUGGUCUGUAGUAGUACACUAUAUAGGGAAUAGGGCUCUGGUCUAUAGUAGUGUACUAUAUAGGGAAUAGGGCCCUGGUCUAUAGUAGUACACUAUAUAGGGAAUAGGGCUCUGGUCUAAAGUAGUACACUAUAUAGGGAAUAGGGCUCUGGUCUAAAGUAGUACACUAUAUAGGGAAUAGGGCUCUGGUCUAAAGUAGUGCACUAUAUAGGGAAUAGUGUGCCAUAUGGGACACCUCCGGCGACUCCUGUUCCUAGACGGACAGACACAGGACAGGUUGUUGACAUAACGCUCUCUGUACCUGGACAGACAGACAGAGACACAGGACAGGUUGUUGACAUAACGCUCUCUGUACCUGGACAGACAGACAGAGACACAGGACAGGUUGUUGACAUAACACUCUCUGUACCUGGACAGACACAGGACAGGUUGUUGACAUAACGCUCUCUGUACCUGGACAGACACAGGACAGGUUGUUGACAUAACACUCUCUGUACCUGGACAGACACAGGACAGGUAGUUGACAUAACACUCUCUGUACCUGGACAGACAGACACAGGACAGGUUGUUGACAUAACGCUCUCUGUACCUGGACAGACAGACAGACACAGGACAGGUUGUUGACAUAACACUCUCUGUACCUGGACAGACAGACACAGGACAGGUUGUUGACAUAACACUCUUUGUACCUGGACAGACAGACACAGGACAGGUUGUUGACAUAACGCUCUCUGUACCUGGACAGACAGACAUACACAGGACAGGUUGUUGACAUAACACUCUCUGUACCUGGACAGACAGACAGACACAGGACACGUUGUUGACAUAACACUCUCUGUACCUGGACAGACAGACACAGGACAAGUUGUUGACAUAACACUCUCUGUACCUGGACAGACAGACAGACACAGGACAGGUUGUUGACAUAACACUCUCUGUACCUGGACAGACAGACAGACACAGGACACGUUGUUGACAUAACGCUCUCUGUACCUGGACAGACAGACAGGUCAGGUUGUUGACAUAACGCUCUCUGUACCUGGACAGACAGACAGGUCAGGUUGUUGACAUAACGCUCUCUGUACCUGGACAGACAGACAGACAGACAGACAGACAGACAGACAGACAGACAGACAGACAGACAGACAGACAGACACAGGACAGGUUGUUGACAUAACACUCUCUGUACCUGGACAGACACAGGACAGGUUGUUGACAUAACGCUCUCUGUACCUGGACAGACACAGGACAGGUUGUUGACAUAACACUCUCUGUACCUGGACAGACAGACAGACACAGGUCAGGUUGUUGACAUAACGCUCUCUGUACCUGGACAGACAGACAGGUCAGGUUGUUGACAUAACGCUCUCUGUACCUGGACAGACAGACAGACAGACAGACAGACAGACACAGGACAGGUUGUUGACAUAACACUCUCUGUACCUGGACAGACACAGGACAGGUUGUUGACAUAACACUCUCUGUACCUGGACAGACACAGGACAGGUUGUUGACAUAACGCUCUCUGUACCUGGACAGACAGACAGACACAGGACAGGUUGUUGACAUAACACUCUCUGUACCUGGACAGACAGACAGGUCAGGUUGUUGACAUAACGCUCUCUGUACCUGGACAGACAGACAGGACAGGUUGUUGACAUAACACUCUCUGUACCUGGACAGACACAGGACAGGUUGUUGACAUAACGCUCUCUGUACCUGGACAGACAGACAGACACAGGACAGGUUGUUGACAUAACGCUCUCUGUACCUGGACAGACAGACAGACACAGGACAGGUUGUUGACAUAACACUCUCUGUACCUGGACAGACAGACAGACACAGGACAGGUUGUUGACAUAACACUCUCUGUACCUGGACAGACACAGGACAGGUAGUUGGUAGAGAGAUGAUUCUGAAAGUAACAUGUGUUGUCGAGGUAACUGUAAUAAUAGAACCCGGUUUGAAAAAGUAAUGUGUUGCUUUACUCUGUUACUCAUAAAAGUAAUCUGAUUACGUAA